AAAAAAUCAAAUUAUGGUGUCUAUUAGCAGAGAAGAUGGCAGUUCAUAAAUACAUUGAAACUGGUAAACAAUGUGAUGCUAAAUGGAGGACAUUAAAAACUAGAUACAAAGAAAAUAAAAAAAAAGCACUACAGUCUGGUGAAGGAAAAAUAACUUGGCCCUACUUCAAUUUAAUGGAUUCUUUUUUAAGUAAAAAAGCGUACAUAAGCCCACCAGUGGACAGUUUACUCGGGUCCAAGUUGCCAACUCCAACAAAACACCAAUCAACUGCAACAAUAACUAGUUCUAGCAACAGUAUCUCAACUGUUAAAAAACCUUCUACUAGUAAGAAUUUAUUUGAAAAUAUUGAUCUUAUUGAUAAUAUACCUCUAAAUAAUUCUACUCAUGAAGAAAUUGAUGUGUCAAAUACUGAAGGUCUCACUACAUAUUGUGGACAUCAAGAUAGUGACGAUAGUACAAAAAGUAAGAAGAAGUUGAAAGAUAAAAAUAUAUCAAGCUUACUAAGUUCAUUAAUCGAUCAACGUCAAGAAAUGAUAGACUUUUUCAAAGCAAAAGAUGAACAAGAAAAAAAACGAGAUCAACUAUUUGAUUUAAGAUUGAAAAAAAUUGAAGAAGCAGAACAAAAGGCAGCAGAAAUAAUGCAAAAGAGCAAUGAAAUAGAGGAAAAAAAAGUAGAUUUAAUGAGGGAUUAUAUAGCAACACUAAGUAAAAAUAAAUAGGUUAAGUUUUAUUUUAAUUAUAAGUAUAUGUAUUUCUUUUUUCUGUUAAAACAUUACAAAAUUAUAAUAUUUAUAAUA